AUGUCCUGGCAAGCAUAUACUGAUAACUUAAUCUCCACUGGUAAAAUUGACCAAGCUGCUUUGUAUUCAAGAGCUGGAGAUUCUUUAUGGGCUCAAUCCAAUGGAUUUCAAUUAGAUGCACAAGAAAUCACCGAACUCGCUAGAGGUUUUGAUGAUCCUUCACAAUUACAAGCAUCAGGUUUACAUUUAAAAGGUGUUAAAUAUUUCUUAUUGAAAGCUGAUGAAAGAUCAAUUUACGGUAAACAAGAACAAACCGGAGUUGUUUGUGUUAGAACCAAACAAGCUAUCUUAGUAGCUCAUUACCCUGCUGGAGUUGUUGCUGGUGAUGCUACUAUGGUUGUUGAAAAAUUGGCCACCUACUUAAUUGGUGUUGGUUAUUAG